GCCCAGUAUACCAGUAACACAAUAUAUUUGGUAGCAGUCAUAAUGCAUAUAGCCAUGGUUCGAAUGGGCAGUACAGAUACUGGCAAUGAUAGAUGAAAAAUUGUAGGCAUCUUCUUAAAGUUUGCAACUUAAGCGAAUACUCCCCCUAACAGAUUCCCAGUGUUACACUCUAAGAUAGCACAUGGCCUAAGUGCAUUCUGCAGUGUGUUGCCAUGCAACCUGUCCUAGGUAACUUCCCCGGAAGAACUUCAGAGGAAAGUUAAUAUUCGCAUAUGGUGAACCUCUAUGCACUGCGAUAUAAGCCUUAUAUUAUACAUUGUGUUUAGCUCCACAAACAUAAGAAAUGUUACUCGCUCAAUUUAAGUCCUGCUUGGCUCAACAAUUCAGAUCACAAGGCUCACAUCCAGCCUUGCUUGCACAAUGACAUAUUGUAUUAUUAUCUACUUGUCACCCAUCUCUUAGCUGUUACUUUAAAGUGAUAAGUUUCAUCUUUUCAUCUUCAAAGACAGAAGUGUACACUGACUCAGCACUAAAAUAAAAAUACAAAAGCAAACAGGCGAGAAUGAAAGGAAACAUCAGGAAGCACAACUAAAUUGUGUGCGCCGGAGACAGAAGGAAACUUGCUAAGGGCGGCGAUCAGCUGAAUGUUGUAAAGUAACCAAUGUUUCCUUAACCUUGACGUUUGUCUUACAGGCUUGACGAAUGGAGGAUUUAUUAAUGUACUGAAGAAAGAACUUACAGCUGUAGCUUGCUUCAUUCCUUGGAUGUGGUGUUUAUUAGCAUUAUUUUGUUUCAGAUCUCUGUUUUGAAGAAUGUAUUAAAGUAUGCCUGAAAAUGAGCAUUAUUCUUAUCGCCCCUGACCUGGCUCUAUGUAAAGCAGUGGAUAACUUGGCCCAGAUUUAUUUCUAAAAAGGACCACAUUGACCAUCUGCCUGUAACAGUGAAAUACUAAUAAUCCGACAGGAGGGACUGUUCUUCAGAAGCGUAUCUGCCUUUGCUCCCAUGGGUCCAGAUCAACGCAUUCAUCCUCUUCCUCAAGUACGCAUUUUGUGAAGGCUGCAGCUACUGAUAGCAUGGGAAAAUGUUGUCUUAAUGCAUCCAUUUCAACAAUAAACUCGCACAAGAGCUUUUACUUAUGUGAGACUUCAAUUCUCAGUGCAAUUAGAGAGGGAAAGCGACUAUUUGUGCUAGUUAUAGAGAAGUGAGUAAGUGCAAAUUGUCGUUCGUUGUUGUUAUCACGUAUAAUGAUGAUGAUGCGCGCCUAUGGAGAGGGAAGUGAUCCGGGAGCGAGCGCAUAGCUGUGUGUACACAUUAAAGGGAUGCUGCAUUCCAGUCACAAGGAUUGAAUUUUUAUCGCUGGUACUCUGCUACCCGCUGACACCGCUGGACUUGCUCUGCGGCUGGCGUGGUCGCUUCACAAUGCCCGUCAAAGUCGGUACCGGGUCACCUGCUGCUGUGGAGAGUAUUCUCGUUUCCUCACAGCCUGACGGUUGCUGGGGCACGCAGUUCCCAUUAGCUCUUUGAACUCUCCUGUGAAAAUGUACUUGUACGUUUGACCAUCAUUCACAGCUGAAACUGUUGUUUUAUGCACUUUGAGUAAAUCCGCACCUGGUGUCUCUGCCCUUGUACUACUAAUGUUUUGAUAUAGUCUGCGUCAGUGUUUGUUAGUGCUCUGUUAUUACAGGUGCGUGUAGAGACGUUCUUCGAUUUCUAGUGGUCAUAGGAACAGGCCAAGAGGACGCAUUAGCCAGAAUGGAAACUGAGGGCGAUGCCAGCGCCACUGCUUAUCGAGAUGGUGAGUUACAUCCUUCCGAAACUGGAGUUAUAAUUUCUAGUAAAACAUUGCCUGGGGAAAAUGAUGCAAGUAUUGCGGUUAACGUGGGGUUUGCCGCAAGGGAUACUACUGCCGUUUAUUUUUCCGGAGAGUACAGGGUCAUAAACCAGCGUUUUUUCCAAAGGAGCGUCAGCAUUUUGGAAUCAGAGGAUAUAGGAUACGAACCAGUGGAUGUUGAAGACAGUAAAAAACAUACCCAAAUGCCGUUAAAGAGCGUUGUUUCAAGGGCAGUAGGGCUUCACCAACCUCACUGUAACGGUAUAGUGGAAGAAGGCUCCAGCACGGAGAGUCAACAGGGACGGAAGGACAGCGCCACUGAGAGCGUUGGAGCUGAUGAACUGAGAGAUGGACUUGGAGAAGUAGUACAGCAAAAAGAAAAGGUAAAGGAGUCUGGAUCUGAUACUGUAAAAGAAACUGGCAAGUCCCUUUCAGAGGAAAAUGAAGAAGAAGCUGAGAUGAAAGCGGUUGCUACUUCUUUGGAUGGCAGGUUUCUUAAGUUUGACAUCGAACUGGGGAGAGGGUCUUUCAAAACUGUAUACAAGGGACUGGAUACAGAAACCUGGGUAGAAGUUGCUUGGUGUGAACUCCAGGAUCGUAAACUCACCAAACUUGAAAGACAGCGAUUCAAAGAAGAAGCAGAAAUGCUCAAAGGCCUUCAGCAUCCAAAUAUCGUUCGCUUUUAUGAUUCCUGGGAAAUGACACUUAAAGGGAAAAAAUGUAUUGUGUUAGUUACAGAACUGAUGACAUCUGGGACUCUUAAAACGUAUUUGAAGAGAUUUAAAGUAAUGAAACCUAAAGUGCUACGGAGUUGGUGUCGUCAGAUCCUGAAAGGGUUACAUUUUUUGCACACAAGGACACCACCAAUUAUUCACAGAGAUUUGAAGUGUGACAACAUCUUCAUCACUGGACCAAGUGGAUCUGUGAAGAUAGGAGACCUGGGCCUUGCAACUCUGAAACGUGCAUCUUUUGCCAAAAGUGUUAUAGGUACUCCAGAAUUCAUGGCCCCAGAAAUGUAUGAAGAACACUAUGAUGAAGCCGUGGAUGUUUAUGCCUUUGGAAUGUGCAUGUUAGAAAUGGCUACAUCUGAAUAUCCAUAUUCUGAAUGUCAGAAUGCUGCUCAAAUUUAUAGGAAAGUCACAAGUGGUGUGAAGCCAGCAAGUUUCAACAAAGUUAAUGAUCCAGAAGUGAAAGAAAUCAUCGGGGAGUGUAUCUGCAAAAAUAAGGAAGACAGAUAUGCAAUAAAGGACCUACUGAAUCAUAUAUUCUUUGCUGAAGAUACAGGGGUGAGAGUUGAACUUGCUGAAGAAGACAAUGGUACCAAGUCUUCAAUAGCUUUAAGACUAUGGGUGGAAGAUCCCAAGAAACUGAAAGGAAAACACAAAGAUAAUGGAGGCAUUGAAUUCAGCUUUGAUUUGCAGAAAGAUAUCCCUGAAAAUGUUGCACAAGAAAUGAUUGACUCUGGAUUCUUUCAAGAAAGUGAUGCCAAGAUAGUUGCAAAAUCAAUACGGGACAGAGUGGCAUUAAUUAAAUGGAGACGCGAGAAAAACAGACCAGCAAAAGAGACUGAAGAACAGAAAGAGGCCGAAGCCGUAGAAACAACAAAUGCACCUCAGACACAGGCUCAGGUUUCAUGUGUUCCCCAGGCUGCACAGCUUCCUUGGUCAGAACCAGAAGAGACUGAAGCAGACCAGCAUGCUGCCCAGCUUGAUCUGCAUGAUGGUACUGCUUCAGCACCAUCAGACAGUACUUUGGACAGUGGUCAGGGGACCACUUUUUACUCUGACUGUCAGCACAGCCAGCAGAGUGUUGCCUUUUCAGCUACUGUGGAAUCAGUACCUGCAUCUGUUCAACAGGUGUGCAGCCCAUCCCAAAGUGACAUUCAGGUCCCCUCACCAGGCCUUUACCAGCAGCAAAUGGGGCAUUUCCAACAGCCAGCAACACCUGGCCUGACAAUGGUCCAGACUCCAGCCACUGUUUUACCUGCACAGACUCAGCAGCUGUACAUGCAACACACACAGCCUUUCCAGCCAGCAGCAGUACCCAUGGCACCAGUGGGACAGGCACAGCCUGGUGCAUCCAGCCAGCAGCUUCCGCCUCAGUUUCCUGUCAUCCCUGCUCCUGCCUCCUUACCUGUUUGUGAAAAUAUGCCUCAGUUGCUGUCAGGUGUUUCUGCUAUGAAUACUUCCACCUUAUCUGGUCCUGCUCAAUAUUUGCCUACAGCACUUGUGCUGCCUGUUCCUUUGGUUGACACUUCUGUUUCCAUGGCUGCAGCACCAGCUCUUCUGUCUAUUUUGUCAGUCAGCCCUCCUGCCACUCCUACUCACACCAUGAUGCUUGGCCAGACUGUGCCAAGUGUGCCACCUACACCUCUGCCAUUACUUAUGACAGCACCGUUUGGAGUAUCAACACUGUUAGCACAGCAGCCAGUGGUCCAGCAGACCCAACAGCAGAUGUACCACCCUACUGUUCAGCAGAUGCUUCCAGCUGAUGCCUCACCAAUGCCAUCCUUUCAUAUUCCAUCAGCAGUUUCACAAGAACAUCAGUCCCUUCAGCAGACUGUGUCAGGUCCAUCAGAACAGGUGGCCUCUUCAUCUGAAGCUCCCAGCCAGCAGGUAUUUGGUGGCCAAGCCCAGCUUUCAGUGGAAGUUGGAAUCCAAGUGCAGAUACCAGCAGCACAAGCAACAGUUCUAGUAUCUCCACCUUUGCAAAUCCAGUCUAAUGUGUUGCAGUCUCAGCUUUGUUCAGAAACACUAUUGCAUAAUCUUGACAAUCAAGGAACACCAGUAUGUUUAGAGCAAUCAGGUGUCCCACUUCCAUCUGCUGCCUUUCUGCCAUUAGAAUCUCAUCUACAGACUGUCAUUGAUGUCCGCUCACAAAUAAGCAUGAAUGAUCCAGCCAUGCCUGCAUAUCCUGCAGUUGCUGAAUGUUCUCAGGAGGAACAAGUUCUGCCAGAAAAGCAACAGACUCCUGUGCAUAGUAUAUAUAGUGAGAGUGCAAACACGGACACUGGUUCAGGAAGAGAGACUAGUGACCAAGAAGGAGUUCAAGGAGGAGGGAAACAAGAGAGCAAAUCCUCAAGGAGGCACCACAGGAGGUCUGCACGUACUCGUUCCCGACAGGAAAAGAUGAACAAGCCGAAGCUUACUAUUCUGAAUGUUUGUAAUGUGGGGGACAAGAUGGUAGAGUGCCAGUUAGAAACACACAAUCACAAAAUGGUGACAUUCAAGUUUGAUUUGGAUUGGGAUGCCCCAGAUGAGAUUGCAACAUACAUGGUAGAAAAUGACUUCAUACUGAGAAACGAAAAAGAGAUAUUUAUGGAACAAAUGAAAGAUAUCAUUGACAAAGCAGAAGAUAUGCUUAGUGAGGACACAGAAGGAGAAAGAAGCUCUGAUCAAGGAGCAAGUCCGCCACAGACGCACACUAGUUUUGAAAUAGGAGUGGACACCACUCAAAAGUCAGGAGCAAAUACACCAACCUACCAACAAAAUGUGCUUCAUACGGGGAAAAGAUGGUUUAUUAUAUGUCCCGUUGUUGAGCAUCCAGCUGCAGAGGAAUCGGAUGUAACUAAAGCUGCUCCAGACAUAUCACAACCAGCAAAUGCAGAAGAACAGUAUAUUGAUGAUCAUCGAAGACAUUCUGUACAAGUCAAGCAUUUUGCUGAUGCUGUAACUGAGCCUUCAUUGCUUGGACAUAUAUAUGAUGAGCUUGGAAUCACAUCUCCUCCAGUGAUCUCUCUCUCUUCUGCAGUGCCUCCAUUACUUCCGGAUCUUGCAGCAUGUAUUACUGACAUUCAGCAACAACCUGUUCUUCAUACCGAGUUGCAGAAAACUGAUUCAUCCAAACAUUUUGAGAGCUGUGGACUGGAAACUGCAGUACAUAACUUAAAUUUAAUAGAUGAUUCUCUUCAAACUUAUUCUGAUGAUGCUUUGCUCGUACCAGAGGUAAAGUGCACAGGUGCUGUAUCUAGAAGAUUGUCAGAAGUGGCAGAUGUAUGUUCUCGUCCAUGUCAACUCCUUCCACCUCAGGCAAUCCCUGCCCCCUCUCUGAUGUCUCCUUCGGUUCCUUUUGCUUCAGACAAUGUAUUAGAAAAGCCAUCCAGCAUUCAAAUAUCUUUUAAUUCAGAAAGUGGUCAGCAGUCUUUUGUAGCACAGCAUGAUCUUUUAUGUGAAAACCAGCUAAUGGCUAAAAUCCAUAUGGCAGUCAAUCAUGAAGAUGGUUUGCUGCAGAGCCCUGUACAAUGCAUUACUGGUUCAUUUCCACAAUCAGCUCAGACAGAUUCUCAGACGAUACCUCAUGCAGGCUUUUCCUCCAGUCAGCAGCAGCAGCCUUCAACAGCUGAAUCAGAUGGAGAAGGCCGGUCAAGGGUUGGAUUUGUUGAUGGUACUAUAAAGAGUCUGGAUGAAAAGCUGCGUAAUUUGCUAUAUCAAGAAUUUGUUCCAGCCCAGCCUGCUGCAGGUACUUCGGAGAUUUCAAGUUCUGAGUGUGCUGCCAUGGACAACUUUGACUUAAUUAGUUUUCAUGAAGAUGGUUCCACAGCUUCUGCAGUAGUUCUGUCCAUACCGAUCUCUGAGGCCCCAAAUGCUGGUCAUCUUGGUAUUCCUGAUGAUUCUGUAAAAGAAUCAGUAGUGCCAGGUGCUCAGUGUGUGGUCAUGGAACUCUCAUCUGGUGGGACUGCACAAGACAAAGAAGUUAUGAACGUAUUCUUACUUUCAUCAAUGGAGCCAUUAAGGGAGACCCCUCCUUCAGCACAAGCUGGUCACUUUGUACCACAACCGAAAAUGUUGCCUCAGACCGUGCAAAAGUCUCUGUUGAAAGAUAUCAGGCCUCCUGAGUAUUCCGAAUCCAGAGGUAAAGGUGAUAGUACUGUUACUACAUGUGGGACAGAAAAUCUUAGUCGUGGAUCUGCAAGAAUGUCUUCUACAGGUGCUCCAUUUAGCUCAAGUAUUGAGCCUAGCAGAUUUCAGGUUGUCCCAGCACCUCCUGAUAUUGUCAGGAAGCCAAGUAAAUCUAGUAAAAAAUCUAAACUCAAGUCUACUGCUUUGUUCAAACCAGAAGUGCAGUCACUGCAAGAGUCUGCUGAAAAUGGUAAAACCCCUGAUAUUGUGAAUGUAAAAUGUGCUGAGCAAGAGCAUGAAAAGCUAACCGAGACUGUGCCACCACCCAGAACAGUUGGCAGAUUUUCUGUUGUCAGCACGCAGGAUGAAGUCACAUUGAAGUCGCAUCACCAUUUAAGGUAUUCUGCGCCACCUGACUUUUAUAUGGAUAAAGCACCACCUAGUCUCGCAUUGAAGAUGAUGUUUCCACAGACCUCAAAGUCAUCACAUUUUGACAACACAGCUGUUUCCUCUGAUUCGGAAGAAGAGCAGACUGAGUCAAAAUCUAGUACUGCACCAAGGCCAGUAGCCCGUAGUCGGACAGGCAGUGACUUGAUGAAAAAAGCUACCGCUUUCUUAAAAAGGACUGGAAAGGACAACGUGCAGAAUCCAGAGUCUCCUAAUGGACAUGCAAUAACCAUUCCAGCUAUAAACAUCACGUGCUUCCAGUCCCAAGCAUCUUACCUCAGUAGUGACAAUGAUUCGGAGUUUGAAGAUGCUGACAUGAGAAAAGAACUUCAGAAGCUGAGAGAAAAGCACAUGAAGGAAAUUUCGGCAUUGCAGACUCAGCAGAAGAAUGAAAUAGAAACUUUAUAUAAGCGUUUGGGAAGGCCUCUUCCUCCAAGUGUGGGAUCACUUUAUGCAGCACCGCCAUCAGGUCGUCGUCGAAAAUCCAGCAAGAACAAGUUAAAAUCUGGAAAACCAGUAAAUCACCUUGUCCAACAGCUAAAGAGCCAGACACCUGCCACAGAAUCACAGCUGAAGCCCAAUGAUUCCGGAUGUAAGACUGCCCCUCAUUCUGAAACCUUACCAACUACAGAAUCUACAUUAGCCACGCCGGCAAACUUACCUGCUGUAACAGAUGCAGUGCAGACACAGCAGCCUUGCUCACUCAAAGGGUCCCUUUCUUCUGACAACAUCUACAUCGGUGAAGGAAGCAACAUGAAUGAUGGUCUUGGACAAGGCUGGACUGUUUUCCACCAAACGCCUGAGAGAGUGACCUAUAAAACUAGUAGCAAACCUCGUACCAGAUUCCUCAAUGGACCUGUGUCUUUGUCCAUCUGGUCAGCUUUGAAACGACUUUGUCUAGGCAAACACCGCAGUAGUAGGUCACAGUCAGGCAGCGCCAUCAACAUACCUCCUUUGGAACGCCAGCAGCAAAAUGCACCCCAACCUCAGGCACAGGCUCGGAUUCAAAGCAACAACAGUAACAACAAUAAGAAAGGAACCUUUACUGAUGAUCUUCACAGGCUUGUGGAUGACUGGUCACCAAAACCUGUUGGGACUGCACAGCAGAAGCCUUCCUUAAAUCAGCUAAAGCAAAGUCAGCAGAGACAAGACAUGGAAUCCCAGCCAUUACAGCCCACAGAUGAGGUAAAAUCUAUAAAGCCAGCCGUGCCAGUGAAAAAGUAUUCCAGCAUAGUAUCAUGUCACAUUCCUGCAUCAGUUACCCCUGGAAUCCCACCUGUAGUACCAGCAUUGAUGGGCACGUCUUUUGUUGGCACAGGGCCAACUUACAUGAUGCCUGUCUGUCCAUAUGGAGGAGGUUUUACUAAUGCAGCAUAUGGUGUACAUUGGCCAGGCUCAAGUGGGCCAGCAGUGCCCCCAGGAACUGUAAGCACCACAACUACAGCGCAACUUCCAUCUAUAGGUACAACUGGUUUGCAUUCAUUUCCAACACAGCUGAAAAAACCUGUUGUCAACUCACCUGGCCAAAAUAUGAGGACUACAUAACCGCAACAGCUCUUUUGUUGCAUAGCUUUAAUGUGAAUUUGUUGUGCCUAUAGGCAAUUUGUGUGUCUCAUUAGUUAUGUUUUUUUUUUUAUUGCAGCCAGCAGUCAAUAUAGGCCAAAUAGUGCACAUAGCCAUAUACUGUAUUGAGCAGUCACUGUGAAAUGUUUUCACAAAAUAUAUUUAAUUUUGCAUUAUUUGUUCCUGAGUCACUGCAGCAGCAGUUUGUUUUGUGCUUUCAUGUUUCAGUGUUACUGUCCGUUAGCUAAACCUAUGAUGUACUUGAAUUAUUUUUGAAGAUAAUGAUAACACAGCAGGAGUAUAGUGCCUUGAACUGUGCUUUUCAGUUUUGCUGGAAAGGGAUGUAUAAAAUAUAAAAAAGGUAUAAGUUAUUUACUGUCUGCUUAAAUAUGUUUCUCGUGCAUAUUUUUCAUUUUAUAGGAGUUGAAAGGUUUACAAUUGACAUGCUUUGUCACAUUAGUCUGUCAAUGCCUUCAUUUUAAUAAAUGAAAACACUUUUCUUGUCGAAAGAAAUGCAUAUUUGCUAAAUAUAUUCAUUUUUGUCUUACUAAUUAAAUUGGUAAUUAUACUGGUCUGCCUGUUUUAAAGUAAGCAUUAUCCUAGUUUAUAUUUUUGAACUUAAUUGUAAAUGUGGACAUGUUUACUAAUUGCAGUAACAUGCACUGUCCGGUGAUCCAAAAUAAUGUUGUUUUACUUUUAACAUAAAUAAAACACAGUGCAUCUUGGAACUUUCAGAUGAGUUUACACUUGCCCAAAUUUGCAGCUUAAUUAAUGUAAAAAACAUAAAUUGUAUCAGCUGUAAUAUAAGCAUUCUUUAAAAUAGUACAGCCAUUUAAAAAAAUGAAAAGAAGCUGCAACAACACAAAUGUUGAUGUGGAGUACCCUAUAUUUUUUGUUGUAGACUGUGCAGUCAUUAGUAUUAUUUCUUCUUUAAGUUAUUGGUUAUUCAUUUCCAUUAUAUGAACAAAGCCCCCAUCACUGCUGCUUUAUUUUACCCACCCUCUUUGCCAGAUGCAGUUUUAUCAUACUUAUAGUGCUCAUUUGACUUUUACUAAAAAAAACUUUUGUCUUAUUUCCUUUUUAAAGAGUUGUUAGGUUUUGUAGGUUUAUGCAGUAAAAGCUUAAAAUGGCUGCUAAUUAUGGUUUCACUUGUUACUGUUCCUCAUAAUUUGCACUUAUUCUCUGAUUGUUUUACAGUGUCAGUGAUCACUUAAUAUGUGUGAUAACAGUAUUAAAAGUGUACAUGUGGGCCUAAUAUAUCAGUUUACAUUUGGGGUAGUGCAUGAUGUAUACUUUUUCAUUCAUAUGAGCUUUUUAUAUAUUAAUCAUUUUUUCACUUACUGUUCUGUAGUGAAAAGCAGUGGGACCCUUUUCACCAUGUACUGUACUGUACUUUACAAAUAAGCCAGGCAUCUAUAAAACCAAGCACACAGCAUCUUGUAUGGGGAAGUGAAUGUUUGUCCUAAUUGCUUUGACAUGCACAGCAUUGUAAUGCACUUGUAUAUUAUUUUUACAGGCCUUACAGAAUGUUAUUACCAGCCCAUUUUAGACUUAAAGGCACAUGAUUCUGCUCUCCUGUAAUUAAAGUUUCUGCCCACUGAUGUUUUUGGCCUCCCAAGCUGUGAAUUGUAUAGUUCUGAUGUAGUUAAUUUUGCCAGUCUGAACUUUUUGAUUAACCCCUGUAAUUUCCAUUAUUCCAUCAAUUCAGAUAGAACUGAAUUGUAUAGAUGUAUGCAGAAUAUUCUGCUUGGGUAAAAUACUUACACUAGUAAGAAAUUCAUGUUAUUUCUUUCUCAUACUCUGGUUUUAUUUGGUUGUAUUUUUAUGUCUAUAUGUUUUGUGAGUAAAUACAAACCCUAUUCUGUAUAAAAAAAAAAAAAAAAAAAAAAAAAAACUGCUUGCACUAAAACUCAGUGUUUUGAAUAGCUUUCUGCUUGUUGUAUCUUUUGGGUUUCCCUAUUUACUGACAUUGUCAGUGGCACUAAAUCACGAGAGAAUUGUACAUGUUAAAAAUAAAACAUAUUUUGGGCUUGAAAUGCA